CGCUUGUCUGGGUUUUUAUUCAAGCGAAAUCUGUAUUGUUUUCUUCACUCGCCGAUCUUUGUUUUGUAAGAACAAAAUAAAUGGCCUCUAUGAUAAUUCUUGAUCAGUGUUUUUAGUCAAGAACUAGUCUAGUCUAGUAGAAGUAACGAAAGCAAUUUUCCUUUGGCACUCAAAUUACUUAUGCGAAAUGGCAGGAUCUGAAGGGAUGCAAAAAAUGCUUCCAGAAACACAUCCUAAAAGAAAGCAUCCUUUGCAUCCAUUAUGUGCUAGAACAGCAUUUAGCUGUAAUAAAUUAUUUUUGUUUAUAUACGCGCUUCUAUUUUUGUUUGUUGGGAUCAUUUUGAUUGCAAUUGGAGUCUUGGUAGAAUUUCACAGAGAUAGAAUAGAGCCUGUCAACAACCGUUUAGCAGUACCAACAGCUCUUUUGAUUGUGGUGGGUUUACUGAUUGCUAUAAAUGCUUUAUGUGGGAUGAUUGGAACAAUCAUGGAGAAACCUCUGCUUCUCAAGAUAUUCCUUGUGGUGACAGUUAUUUGCUUCUUAGCCCAAAUAGCCAUUGGAAUAAUUGCAUUCAUUUAUAGGGAACAGCUUCCCUACUUGGUGAGCUCCCACUUUCAGUUUGCUAUUAAAGGUUACACCAAGGACAAAGACAUUCAAGUGGCUGUGGAUUGGUUGCAAACUAGAUACAAAUGUUGUGGGUUCAGCUCCUAUGCUGACUACCAAAAAGAAAAUGACGAGUUUAAGUGUUCUUCUGGCACACCACAGGCUUGUGGCGUGCCCAAAUCUUGCUGUAUCCAACGAGAGGGUGUAAUUGUGCCAGAAGGAUGUGGCUAUGAUGUGGCACUAAAUGCUACGUACGAUAUGAUCAAUACAGAAGGCUGCACUGAUGCACUGAUUCAAUGGUUAAUGGAGCAUUUGGAUCUUGUUGGUGCUAUAGCACUUGGCUUUGCAAUUCCACAGAUUUUUGGAAUUCUGUUGUCCUACUACUUCUUACGCAAGGUCAAGGAAUACAGGGUUUGGUUUCGUGUGGACAACAACUUCAGAACAUAAGAAGAUAUUUUAUAUUAAUUGUUUUAUAUAGAACCUAGCAUUGAUUAGAUAUUAAGGUUAAUCUUGAGAUGUGAUUUACUAACACUAAUGUCAAAUUUGACAAUGAAAAGUCAAUUGUUGGUAGUCUUUUGAAAAUAUUUUUUGUUUUUUUAUGAAAUAAUAGAUAUUUUUCUGGUUUUGUCCUUUUUAAUAAGCCAGAAUUAGUUCAAUUUUUAUUUAGAACUGACAGUAUUGUUGUUCCUAUUUAUUUUAUUUAAUGAAGCUCUUCAGCUCCUAGUGUAUGGAGGGCUUCAUUUGAACAUAAAUUGUGAAGAUAGCAGUAAAUCUAUUCCAGUCAAUUUUUUUUAAUAGGUCAAGAAUAUUUAUGUCCAACCACAAGCAUUAAGUAUCAGAGCAAAUAAAACUUUUUUAUUUCUUAUUUUACAACAAAAAGUACUUUGUCCACAAAAUAGUAACACUAGAUUUGAAGAUCUUAUUUUACAACAAAAAGUACUUUGUCCACAAAAUAGUAACACUAGAUUUGAAGAUCUUAUUUUACAACAAAAAGUACUUUGUCCACAAAAUAGUAACACUAGAUUUGAAGAUCUUAUUUUACAACAAAAAGUACUUUGUCAACAAAAUAGUAACACUAGAUUUGAAGAUCUUAUUUGAACGUCUUGAAAUCUUUCAAUAUUGUCAACAAAAAUCAUUCCAAGAUAUGGCAAGCAUAGUAAAAUUGUUAAAAAUCAGACUGAUUGCAUGGCUUCAACAAUAAGACAGUUUAUUAUUCCCUGUGGCUAGAAACUGGUCUGAACUACUUUAUUGCUAUGAUUGGGUAUAAAGAAUUAUAAGCCUAAUACUGAUAAUUCAUUUGUUGUUUAUUGAGUCAACUUUGUUGUUGGAUUUAUAUUUUUACAAUGUUACCCAAGUCACUUUUUUUAUUAAGGUUAUUUAUUAACAAAAUUAGCUCGCUAAUUAACAAAUAAUUUGAUCUGUAUCUUAAGGAUAUAUGCGAUAAGUUUUGUCUUCAGAAUAUCUAACUUACACCAAUUUCUAGUAGAGCUUGUAUGUUGACAUGUUGCUAAGUAGUUGAAUUGCACCAUUGUUUAUACAAUCAUAUAGAGUCAUUCCAUCAUUAACUGAUAGGAUUUUAGAGACGGUGAGAUGUUGGUUAGAAGAUGGUGCAUUGUUUUUUUCUGAAGCUACUGAGCUCAUUUUGAGUUAAGCUGGGAACUUGACUGGGCUGGAACUGGGCUGACUUUUGACUGAAGCUGAUAACUUUUUUUUAUUUAAAGUUGGUUAAUUGACUGACAUAACUUUUGAGUGGAUUUUGACUGAGGCUUUUGAAUUAGCUUUUGACUGAAGUUGACUUUGAGUUAUGGAAUAUACAGAUGUUAAUGAUCAGCUAUUUGAUAUUUGUAUACACAACAGAUGUGCUCUCAUUUUUUUUUUUACUAAUUUGUUUUAUCCCAACUUCUCAUAUUUUGUAAUUUUAUAUAAGACUGAACUAAAUGAGAACUUAUUUUUGGCAUACUAAAAAAUAACUGGGCAGCCAUUAAAGGGAACUAUGUUAAGAUAAUUAAACUAUGUAUAUAAUGACAUAAGAAAAUCCAUUGUUCUUUUUACAUGAGUUCAAAUGAAGUAAUUAUUUGUUUACAUUUUGUGCUUCCCUUGUUCCCUCUAAACAUCUUUUGUUUUUAGUUAUUAAUUUUUGCCACAUUAAGAUUGUAUCAUCAUAAGUGAGUAAAAUCAAUAUUAACCAAACUGGUAUAUCACAUAACACAGAUACCGAUUCAGUAGUAUAAUACACUGCUCAGCAUGUCAAAAACAAAUAGCACUUUGUUCAGCUUUUACAAUAACUUUUUCUUGUAUUAUUGUAGAUCUUUGUAUUGUCUAUAUAACUGCAUGAGCUCCAUGUCUUAUCUUGGCUUGAUUAGGUGCUAACUUUUGUGUCAUGUUUAAAUACAAGGAAAUCUUUGAAUACAUGUACAAUGUAAUGAUACACUGAGGGGGCCACUCAUUUGCAAUGAAUUAGAAAUCCUUUCUACAUUUGUAACUUGUACUUGAAAACACCUCAAUUCUUUUUGGUUGCAAUGCCUCUGCUACUUUCCUUGUACACAUUUUCUUUGUAAAUACUUUGACUCUAUUUAUAAAUUAUUGUCUACAAUUAAGCCACAGGCUUUUUACUGAAUAACUAUUUCAUUUUUUAAAAUAGUUUUUCUGUAUUUUUUCCCUUGUUUAUAUGAAUGUGAUCUUUUUCUGUUUUUGUUUUUUAUUUAACUCAUGGCUUUUGUGUUCAUUGGGGAACUGAAUCAUAGACUACUUUAAUUAUUCAUUCAUUGUUUGUUAUCUUUUUGAAAUUAUGUUUGUUUUUAUUUAAGGAAAAGCUAAUUCUUAUUCAAUGAAAAAUUACCUUAUUUAAUCAAAUGACACACAGAUUUUUCAAAAUUGAAAUGUUUUUUAUUUAUCUUGAAUGUGACCCAUUUUCUACAUUUUACUGUGUACUUCUAACAUUUAUUGUAUAUGAAAGACAUUGUUGACCACAGUAACUACAAGAACUCAUUCUAAUUGCCAACAGAAGUUUUUUUUUUUCUGCAUGUCAAUACGAAAUUGAGAACAAAAUUUGUUUUUUGAACAACAGGUGAAAUUAUUUACCCAGUAUGUAUUUAUUGCUCUAUUUUGUCAGUCAAAAAGUUUUGAACAUUUUUGUUAUGAAAAUCUUAACAAUUUAACAGCUACUUUAAUCUUGUUCAUUUCCAUUACACUGUUUUUAUUUUCUUUGAGUUCAGCUAGACAACUGUUAGUCAACUCAGUUUAGCAAAUCAUCAAGUCCAGUUUGUUGAUUCCAUAAGUCAGAAAAUACUAGCCAUGAAUACAUAUACAGUUUUCUUACUUGGCUGGCCAGCUGACAUUUUAAUAAUUUUUUUUACAUGUUGAAACAUUCACAACUUAUAGUCAUAGAGACCAAUUCUUUUUGUUGUCUAUGCUGCUUAUUGCUUUUUUUUAUAAUGAUAAAUAUUGGCUUCACACAAUUUGAGACUAAUACUCAAACUUGUUAUUUGAUUUAAAAUGUAUAUUUGAUUGGUUUGAACAUUCUUUACAAACCCCCCACCACCACCACCACCACACACACAGUCCUUUUUCUUUUGGGUUUUCCCUCAAGUGAUCAAGAUAUUUAUAUCAGAAUUUCUUCUAAGGGGAACAUGAGUCAACUUACUGGAGAAUGUUAUGAAAUCCUUUGUGCAAUAAUGAUGAUAUUCGUUUCUAAUGGUUAGUUGCAAAUAUAUUUAAUACUGGUAGAUCUUCUCUUAGACAUUAAUUGUGGACUAUGUUGUGACUCAGCAAUGUAUUUAGUUAGUGUACAAUUUAUUCACAUUAAUGUCGUAAUUCAGCAAAUUUUUUUUUUACCUUAAGCAUUAAGAUGUGUUCAAAUAAAAUUGAACUUCUUGCAAA